GUGUGUGAAAUCCGGGUUUUCCUUUUACAACCCUGUGGCCUUUUACAAUCCUCAUAAUUUCACAUUUCCCUGCACUUCUUUCCGGGCACACCGAGACACCAGCCCGCAUCCUCGCCCGCAUCUAGCGAGGUGGUACCAUUUAUAGCCAGUGCUGAUCGGACGACGGAUGCAAAAGUGGAACAGCUGGUACUUCUACUGCAGCACUGGGAUCUGUUCGUGAGGAUCUGGUCUGCCGGUAUGGCACACCAAGAGAUGGAUCCUGCACACAGUCCCGCCGCCACCGACAACGGCACCGAUGGCCUCAUCUUUCUACCGGCAUUCAUUUCGGUUGGUGCCUGCUUUGUGAUAGCCGUUAUUUACGUGGCCAGUUUGUACGUGUGGAACUCCAAGCAUGACCGUGACCAUCCGUCGACGAUCAAACGUCGGUUUUUCAGCGUCUCCGUGGUUAUGUUUGUGGCUCCCUUCUUUGUGAUUGGCCUCACAAGCGAAGCCGUUUUGAAACGAUACACUAUGUGGCAGAUAAUAGGCUUCCGGACGGAUGGCUUGUUCACGGCAACCUUUGUCCCGCUACUUCUGACGAUGGUGCUCUUUCUAGGACCGCUGAGUGUGCAGCUGACCAGUGGCGUAUGGCGGAUCUACUCCGAGCCGAUGUACUGGGUGAAUGCCGUCCGGAACCUUGUCUGGCUGCGUAACCAUCUGGUCGCACCGCUCUCUGAGGAAUUUACGUUUCGGGCCUGCAUGUUGCCGUUGUUGCUGCAAACCUUUCGACCAUCGGUUGCGAUGCUUAUCACGCCGCUGCUUUUUGGGCUGGCCCAUCUGCACCAUAUCAAGGAACGUCUGCAGGGCGGACGUCCGUUGCAGGAGGUGUUGAUAGUAUCGUUUUUCCAGUUCUUCUACACCACCAUCUUUGGCAUCUACUCAUCUUACCUGUUCGUGCGGUCGGGACAUUUCAUUGCACCCUUUAUAGUGCACGCCUUUUGCAACCAUAUGGGUUUUCCCGACGUACAGGAGGUGCAAUCGCAAACGGACCACAAGAAGUAUCUUUUCAUCGCUUCCUACGUCCUGGGGCUGGUCGGCUGGAUCGCUCUACUGCCAACGCUUACCACACCCGAAUGGUACGCUAACGAUCUCUUCUGGGCCGCGGAACUUUAGAUUAUGUGUUCAGUGAUUCCAAUUCCCUCGGUGCCAUUAAGUGAAAUCUUUGUUGCCAGUACAGAAACUACAGGGUUGCCUUUACGCAUUUCAACUGUGAACGAUGUAUUUAACGGCGCAGUUAAUAGGUAGAGCAAUUGUAGAAGCUUAAUAUUUUUGUUUUUUUUUUUUUCAUUUAUUUAUUAUGCCACCCGUGUUCCUUUUUUCCAACCGUUUUCAAUAAGAAAGUACGGAAAAAAGCAGUUGAAUAUGUAUAAGCCUUCGCUCACCAACCACACGAUCUGUGCCUGUUGCGUGUAGGAAAUAAUUGUCGAACGUUAACCGUAAUUAUUGUCGGUUAGUAAGAAAAGAUUUGUGAUUCAAACCAACGCUGUUGAAAGUUUUUAGGACGAAGUGUAACGGGAUAAAACCGGGACAUCUUAUUUGGAAUAUGGAAAGGCAUAUGAUAAAUACAUCGACUUGACGGUCACUUUCGGAACCGGAAUGCAUCCAUUUGUACACGGUAUUAUUAUGAAAUAAAUUUUAUUUCUAGUAAAUAUUUCGCGUUACAGCUGAACAUAAUCAGUGCCAUUUAGUAGCAGCGCUGCUUGAAGGAGUCAGAACUGAAAACAACGUCGUUUAUGUCGCGGAGUUUAGCCAGUUUCAGCACGGCUCGCAAUAUUUGGUUUACACGUUCAGUGAAAUCGGCGCAACAAUGAAUUGGAAGUCUCAUUCCGGAGAACCAAUAAAAAAGAUGGAUUCGGCCCAAUAUCAAGUGCUGACUUCGGACCAGUGCGUUGUGAUGCUGGAUCUGUUGCCUGUGGCGGCGUUCCAUUUCUUGGUGCUUUCGAAGAAGGAAAUAGAUUCGCUUUACGAGAACGGAGGACAUUCCACUGCUACAGCAUAUGCAUGAGAUGGGUUUGGAAGCGGCCAAAACGACUGGACUCCCGACAGAGACUUUCGCAGAGGCGUCUUCACUUGGAUGUCGUAUCAAGAGAUUACAAUUCACCGCAUCUACGCGGCAAGUUUAAGUUUAAGAAAGCAUCUUCCUGAAGGCAUUUGGGAUGAUCGCGCAUUGAAUCAAUAGUGCG